AAAUAUACGGAGGCCCAGAAGACUACUCUCUCCAAAACCCCCCUCAAAACCCUGAUUCAAGUUCACCAAUUUCCCAUCAAUACCAACCCAAAGUUCAAUCCUUUUCCUGCUCAGUUUUAUGAACAGGUUAAUCAAUCUCAACCCCAGUUCGUUUUUCUCGCCCCACAUAUAGAUUUCAAUGAUUAGUUGAUUUGAUCGCGGUUUACGAUGAGCCAACAACCGUCGGUGAUACUUGCGACGGCGAGCUAUGACCACACUAUUCGCUUCUGGGAGGCCAAAAGUGGCCGCUGCUACCGUACCAUCCAAUACCCUGAUUCACAAGUAAAUAGGCUUGAGAUAACCCCGGAUAAACGAUUCCUGGCUGCAGCGGGCAACCCUCAUAUUCGAUUGUUUGAUGUUAAUUCAAACAGUCCUCAACCGGUGAUGAGCUAUGAUUCACAUACUAAUAACGUAAUGGCAGUGGGGUUUCAAUGUGAUGGGAACUGGAUGUAUUCAGGUUCCGAGGAUGGUACAGUAAAAAUUUGGGAUUUGAGAGCUCCAGGUUGCCAAAGGGAAUAUGAAAGCCGUGCAGCUGUUAACACUGUUGUGCUGCACCCGAAUCAGACUGAACUAAUAUCUGGGGACCAAAAUGGCAACAUUCGUGUUUGGGAUUUGACAGCUAAUUCUUGCAGUUGUGAAUUGGUUCCAGAGGUAGAUACUGCUGUAAGGUCGUUAACAGUUAUGUGGGAUGGGAGCUUGGUUGUUGCUGCAAAUAAUCAUGGGACAUGCUAUGUUUGGCGCUUGUUGCGAGGGACACAGACUAUGACAAAUUUUGAGCCACUUCAUAAGCUUCAAGCACACAAGGGAUACAACAUCCUCAAAUGUCUACUUUCACCUGAGUUCUGUGAACCCCACAGAUAUUUGGCCACUGCCUCUUCUGACCACACUGUCAAGAUAUGGAAUGUUGAUGGUUUCACAUUAGAGAAAACUCUAGAAGGGCAUCAACGGUGGGUUUGGGACUGUGUUUUUUCCGUAGAUGGUGCCUAUCUUAUAACAGCUUCCUCUGAUUCAACAGCAAGGCUUUGGAACCUGUCCACCGGAGAAGAUAUCAGGGUGUAUCAGGGGCAUCACAAAGCAACCAUUUGUUGUGCACUGCAUGAUGGAGCUGAACCUGGUCCAUCUUGAACCUGGAUGUUCUCCUUUGCCGCCUAAUGCAUUUAUGACACUUGUGUAUUAGAAAUUACAGCGUUGUUUAUAAUGAAAUUGGAUGAAAAUAUUGUGGUUCAAGAAUGAAGAAUUUUCCUUCAAAAUUACCACCUAAUGUGUAUUACUUUUGUAGGCAAAAACCUAAUAACAUGUAUUUGUUACUUCAGAAUACCUUAACACUGUUCUAUUUGAAUUCCAAUUUAUCCUACCAUUCAUAUUGAAGGAUCA